AUGCAAGAUCAUUCACUCAAGGAGCUCUGUUUGACAUCAAGAAUUAUGAGUGGCUCACAGAGGAAAAGGACAUUUGUGUCAAAGGGAUACAGGAAUGAGCCAAGGCAAAAAAAGGUUUUAACUCAGGAUGCAGAAGAGGACAAGCCCCUUCUCAUCAAAGGCCAUCUUGAGUGUGAACUGGGCAAGGGGAGGAAAAAAGGUGGAGGAAGGAAGACGGAAUCAUUGAGCAGGGAGUCAUGGCAAAAAGGAUCAGAUGGAGAAGUAGAAGAUGAGGAUGAUGCAGAAGACUUGGAGGAGGGUGAUGAUGAGGAUGAUGAUGAUGAUGAUGAGGAUGAGGAUGAGGAUGAGGAUGAGGAUGAUGAUGAUGAUGAUGAUGAUGAUGAUGAUGAUGAGGAUAAUGAUAAUGAUGAAAAGGAUGAUGAUCAUGAAGACAUUGAGGACAAUGAAGGAGAGAGAGAUGGCUCAGGUGUAUCUGGUGACAGUGGAUAUCCCCCUGAAGUCCAAAAGAAUGUCAAGAAUCUAGAGCUUAUGGAAAAAGUGAAGCUUAUAAUCCAUGAUGCCAAGGCUGCCAAUCUCAUCAAUGACAUCAUAUGUGACCUUCAGGCAUUGGAUCAGAAAUCAAUUGGAUCAAUGAAAGCUCUUUGCCAGAUCUUCAGUCAUUUCAUGGCAAACAAUCUCUUGGCUUCUCAUACGGCUGGAACAGAACGCUCCCAGAGUGCUGGUGUUAUGUUUCGCACAUGGCUACGAGAAAGAUAUGAGGAAACAGUGGAGAAACUUUUUGAUGUCUUCACAACUAAAAAUGCCAAGUCAAAGAUACGCUCAUCUUCUCUCAGUGCACUCUGUUUCCUCGCUUCUAUUGAUGUCCAGAAUCCCUUCAUUAUGAAGAGACUAAGCCAAGCUUUCUUGACUGCUGAAGAAGAUUGUCGCCCAUGGCUGCAUCUUCUCAAGAAGAACAUGGAUCCUCCAGUGGAUCACAAGGAAGAAAUUCUGAGGCUCCUUGAUGAGACUUUGAGGACCCUUCCCAAGUUAAAGGGAAAUGCCUCAAGCACAUUGCUGAGGAACAUCAUUGCCCUGGCUUCCUAUGCAAUUGUUCCCAAGCAGCAGCAAAAGAAAGGGAUGGAUGUGAUCCAAGAGAGUGUGUGGAUUCAGAUCUUGUCACAUAAGCUGGGAUCACAAGAUCAGUGCAUACUCUUGAAGUCCCUGCCAGAGAAUGUUCUCCCACACCUCCGAAAUCCUCUCAUUCUCAGCGAUUUCUUCUUUGAGGCCUUCAAUGUUGGAGGGAUCUGGAGCAUUCUUGCACUUCAUGGCCUCUUCAUACUCAUGAAUCAGCAUCAUUUGGAAUACCCUGACUUCUAUGACAAGCUGUAUGAAACAUUGAACUGGAGCUUCUUCUCUGGUCAACACAGAGAAAGAUUCAUCUCUUUGCUCAACAUCUUCCUUUCCUCCACGCAUCUGCCUCAGUAUAUGAUGGUGAGAUUUGUGAAGCGACUAGGGAAUCUUGCACUUACUGCUCCCCCUGAUGUCCUCUUCAUUCUUAUUCCAUUCAUUGGAAAUCUGCUUGUGAGGCACCCUGGACUUGAUUCUCUCAUCCAUUCGCAAGAUGAAAAUGAAAGCAGUCUGUGGGAACUGGCUACAGUACGAGAACAUCUCCUUGCUAGUGUUGGAUGUCUUGCAAAUUUCAUCAAACAUCCACUGCCCCAAACAGAAUGGGAUGUCACUCAGAGACUGGGAACAUCCAUGAAAUAUCUAUUCAAAUUGGAGGGGAAAGCAAGAGUGGAUGAGGGAAUUCCUCUCACUUUCAUACCUCCAUUGCACUUCCUUGGUCAUCCUGAUUCAAGCACUUCAAAAGUCACCAUCACUGUUCAGACAACCACACCAAGCAUAUUGAUGGCCAGUGUUGGGAAAAUUGUCAAGCAGACCAAUUUAAAUAUGAGGAGGGCAAUGAGCACUAGUGUGACACCACAUGGGCAUCGAUAUACCUCAGACAUCUGCGACCUCAAUCAACUUCGGUGUUACUGA